AUGGUGGAUAUUGUGCCGGGUCAGUACUCGCCCAUGGGCAGAUCAACUGAGCGCAGCUUGCGGAGACUGCGCACACAGGUCGAGGCGCACGACUCCGCGUUGUCGCCCAAAGGGAAGGUGGAGGAGGAACCGAUGGAUCCAAAGGCCAAGGAGUCUCCGAAGGCUGAUAAAGUGGAUCUCGACCGCUUCCGCUUGCGCAGCCAAAAAAGCUUUGGUCAAUCAACCACACAGCUCUCCAACACUUUGAACACAACCCUUACCACCAUGGCUUCAACGAGCGAUCUUGAGACUACGGCAUCUUCCAUAGAUGUGGCAGAGCCAGUGAGCACACCGAAGCCCAAGCUGUCUCCCUCCUUUAGCGCUGUUGGUCUGGACGAAGGUCAUCUUUGUGAAGUCACAAGAGCGAAGUACAAUCGCUUUAUGCACCCUGAUGGACAAACAAACCCAGAAGCAGGCCACUACCGCGUGAAUGACUCCUGCCUUUGGCUUCGAUCGCCUCAAUGGGACAUAGGUCAGAGGAUUCCACAUGAGGCACGUCAAGUGCGGCCUCGUGACACGGGCAUGGAGCUUGGCGAGGUCUACAACGGCUUUGCCUUGGGCUUGGCUGCGCCGGGUCGUUUGGAGCCGAUGAGCGUGUCGCCUGAGCGACCACACGUGUCCAAAUUGUGCACCCACCCCAUGACCUUUGCGCCAGAGCACCAAAAGACAGAGUGGGCGAAGCUGGAUGCAUCCUCAUCCGGGUUCCACCGAUAUCCAGAUUGGGACUUCAAGAAGCACAUGAACAGCCAUGACUUCAACUUGAAAAUGAGCUUCCCGCAUUUUGAGCCUGGAAAAUACGAUGUUGAGCCCAAGGGCAGAAGCAUCGCGGGCUUACCUUUCUCCAAGGUCAUGUCCCGUGCACAGUCUGCGGGUGAAGUGAAGACCGGCAUCUGCCCAAGGACCAGGCUUGUGCCAGACCGCUCCAACUUUCGGGGGUGUUCCGUUGCGGUGCGACGGAAGACUUGCAUCCAAGACUUCUCCCAGGACCUUGAUAGACCUCCUCUGUUGGCCACCAAAGGGGCUUACCACGACGAGGACGAUCCAGAAGCCACCCAGAAGGUGAUGGACUGGCAGAUGUCCUUUGAUGCAAGCUCUGCUGACAAGCUGACUGUCUCACGAUGUUCCACUCCGUCGAUGAAGGCCUCUUUGACACGAGAUGGUGCUCUGCGAGGUGCACGAAUCUUGGCUUCCGAUCCGGGGCUCCAACGAUCCCUGGGUAUCGGCAUCCUCAAUGCUGAGUCUCGCACUGGGGAUGAGCUGCAUGACGAGUGGCGGUGGCAGCGAUCGGAUAUGGCGCUGGCCUUCGAUCAGAUGUCGGGCAGGCCGAUCGAGCGCUUCAAAGCCUGA